CAAGGGCUGUGUAUUCGCCGUCUCUCUUGUGGUUCCCCAAAACCCUAGAAGAAGUGUAAAACCCCUCUCCGUCUCUCUCUUUUCAGUUUAGCAGCAAGUUUGUCAACAAUGGCUUCCAAGGCUCCGAAAGUGCAGAAGUCGACCAAGAGGAAGGAUACCGAAAGCUCUGCGAAUUUCGAUGCUCUCAAAUCGAAGAAGCCAAAGCUGGCGUCGUCUAAUUCCGACAAGAAACACCAUACCAAACCUAAAUCUGUCGGAGACAACGGCAAUGGUGUCAAUCUGUCCGCGAAGGAGCGUCGUAUAGAGGCUAAGGAGGAAGCAGAAGCCAGGAAGAAGAGGAGGAGGCCGCACUACACUCUUGAGCAAGAGCUUGCAUCUCUAUGGGAGAAGAUGAGGCGCCGUGACAUUAGCAAAGCAGAUCGAUCAAAGCUGUUAUCGGAGGCUUUACAAAAGAUGAAGGGCAAGAUCCCAGAGAUUGCAUGUUCACCACUUUUAUCCCGUGUGCUCCAGACUUGUGUGAAGUAUUGCUCACAAGCUGAAAAGGAAGCUGUUUUCAAUGAACUCCAGCCGCACUUUGUUAAGUUUGCGUUUAACAAAUAUGCUGUUUUCUUGUUAAAGAAGAUGUUGGAUGGAGCAUCUAAGCAGCAGCGGGCAGCUUGUAUAUCCAGCCUCCGGGGACACGUGGCUUCUCUCCUCCGUCACAUGGUCGGAUCUAUUGUUGCGGAGCAUGCAUACUAUAUAGGAACCGCAGCACAAAAACAAGAACUCCUUGGAGAAUUGUAUUCUACAGAGCUUCAGUUAUUCAAGGACUUGAACUCAACUAACGAAAAAAGGGUGGUAGACAUCAUCGCUAAGCUAGGGCUUAAAAAAGACGCUGUCAUUCGACACAUGACUGCCGUUAUCCAACCGAUUAUUGAGAAGGGAAUUGUUGACCACUCUAUCACACACAAAUUGCUUAUUGAAUACCUGACGAUAGCUGAUAAGACGUCUGCUGCAUAUAUGAUGCAGCACCUGACAGGCAAACUUCUUCUACGUAUGGUUCACACCCGGGAUGGUUCUAGGCUUGCAAUGCUUCGUCUCAAACAUGGAAGCGCUAAGGAGAGAAAGAUGAUUAUCAAAGCAAUGAAAUCGACUGACGAGAUGAUCAAAGAAAAUAAAAGCCAUGUUAAAAAUAUGGCUUUUGAUCAGUUUGGAAGUAUGGUGCUUACAUGUAUAUUUACUAUAGUUGAUGACACAAAGCUAGUGACCAAGAUUAUUGUUCGUGAUCUUGAGCCCAUUUUAAAGGAUCUUGUUGUGGAAAAGCAUGGUAGGAAACCACUAUUGCAGCUACUUCAUCCAAAUUCUUCACGUUAUCUCAGUCAUGAUGAUUUGGCCUCUUUUGAUCUGUCUGUUCCAUCACUGUGCGUAAUGGAUGAGUCAGAGACAUCUUCUCAAACAAAGGACUCAGAUGUUAAAGAAUCUGGUGAGGAGGCGGAAGAUGAACAAGAAGAUACGGUAACUGAACGUACAGAUGUUGAAGAAAAUGUCACAGUUGGGGGCAGUAAAAAGGAUCCUCUUUUGAGAAGGCAGGAGUUGCUAGUCAAGAGUGGCCUUGCUGAGAGGCUUAUUGAUGUGUGUGUAGAGAACGCUGAGGAAUUCCUCAAGUCAAACGUUGGCAAAGAGGUCAUGUAUGAGGUUGCAAGAGGAGGCGCUGAUGGCAUUCUUCUGCCAUCUUUGAGCGAGAAGCUGCGUGUGCUGCACGAAGCCAUUGCCUCGGUAGCAGCAAAGCCGAAAUCCCAAGAACCAGAGAAGAAGUCAGAGCACAUCUUGGAAGACUUUCACUCAAGCCGAACAAUAAGAAGGCUUGUCCUGGAUUGCCCUGCUUUCGCUUCUAUUCUCUUUAACAAUGCAUUGUCUGGAAAAUGUCGGAUGUGGGCUCAAGGACACUGUUCAAAGAUACUGUCUGCUUUCCUAGAGACCGAGGAUGUUCAAGUGCGUGAGAUGGCUAAGGAAGAGGUUCAAGUGUUGGUGAACGAAGGUGUUGUGAAGAUCCCAGAUCCCAAAAAACCCGAAUGAUGCAGCCACCAGCAUUGCUGAUUAACUUGGCGUUUUGUGUUUUCAGUAUUUUCAAAUAGAUUACAGAGAAUCUUGGUUUAUGUCAAAUUUUGUCCUUUCUUACCUCUAUAGUUUAUUUAUCUUCAUGCAGCUUUUAAACCGCGUUUGCGAUGUACUCAAAACUCAAACCUUUAAUCGCAUAAGUUUUACUUGAUGCCAUGUUUCGUCAUA